UGUAAAUAUUAAUUGUCCUAGUUUCCAACAGUAAAAGCAUGAUUCCAAGAUGUAGAUUAAGUAAAGUACAUGUAGUAGCUAGUUGUAGUAAGUCAUGCUGACCAACACUUCGGAAGGUGGCGGUAAUGCACAACAAAAGUUUUUUUGCCAACCACCAUUAAACGUCUGAAGAAAAGAGGAUGCUUUAACUUGAGCAAUGCGGAAAUUCCCCGUGAGUUCUGCUCUUUUUGUCACAUAGCGCAUCAGAUAACAACCGGAGUGAACCACCAGAGUCUGUACAUAUCGAUAGACUUGUUUAAGUGGACUUUGUGUACUUUUUGAGGACGUUUUACCCCAGGCUCAUCUCCGCCUGCCAAAAAAUGCUAACUGAAGUUAGCGUAGUCUACUAGCUGGAAAUGGACGGAGACGGAACUCGGCCACACAGCGCUGGUGGGUGGUGAGACCAAACUCUAUUUUUCCUGGACCCACAUUGUCCAGAUAGACCUGUCUGAAUAGACUCUGUGCUGUUACCUUUUAUUUUGAAUAAUAAUAAUAACUGAAUUAUCUCCUGGUGUCCUCAGAAACUAGCAAAGUUAGUUUGCCAAUUGACGCUGAAGUAGACGGAGCCGAACGUAACUUGGCAACACAGCGCACGUCAGCGUGAACCAACAGGUUUUUAACGGAGUGUGUCUGGAGGAAAAGUUGCUGUGAUUUAGCUAGUUAAAAAAUGUCUAAAGUCCAAAUGCUGAGAGAUUUUGUGAACCAGCGACUAACUGCGGCUGCUGAAGAGAUAUUUGAGCUGUUUGACAGAACGAUAGCAGAGUACGAGGAGGAACUUGGUCGUUCAAAAGAGGAGAACGAGCGACAACAGAAACUACUGGACGCUGUUUGCAACCCUGAAGUCCGGUUACACAGAGCAGAUGCCCAGCAACUGUUGGUGGUUAAAAAAGAGGUUAAGCAGGAGGACACAAAGCCCCCACGCAUUUCCCUAUCCUCCUCAGACGCCCAGCAACUGUUGGUGGUUAAAAAAGAGGUUAAGCAGGAGGACACAAAGCCCCCACGCAUUAAAGAGGAACAGGAGGAACUCUGGAUCAGUCAGGAGGGAGAGCAGCUUCAAGGGCUGCAGGAGGCUGAUAUCAAGUUCCCGUUCACUUCUGUCCCUGUGAAGAGUGAAGAAGAUGAUGAAGAGAAAGCUCAGUCCUCACAGCUUCAUGAAAGCCAAACUGAUGAGAACAGAGAGACAGAGAGAGGAGAAGACGACGAAGAGGACUGUGGAGGGCCAGAACCAGCCAGGGACUCAGAUCCAGAAAGUCCUUUACAACCAGCUACUCAUGACAAGACUUCAGACUCCUCUGAACCGGAGACUGAUGACAGUGGUGACUGGGAGGAGACUAGGGAACCUCAGUCAGGUUUAAACCCUCUGCAAAACAAUGAAGAACCUGGAAGUGAUGUGGAACCUCUGCAGAAACGCACUGGAGUCCCAAAAAAAAUGCCCAGCAACUGUUGGUGGUUAAAAAAGAGGUUAAGCAGGAGGACACAAAGCCCCCAUGCAUUAAAGAGGAACAGGAGGAACUCUGGAUCAGUCAGGACGGAGAGCAGCUUCAAGGGCUGCAGGAGGCUGAUAUCAAGUUCCAGUUCACUUCUGUCCCUGUGA